CGCCGCCUAUGAUCGACCUGCUAACCAAUUUGAAGGGACCAGAGCUCGAAAUACAGAAAUAUGAAGUCGCCAAUACCAAUGAGCUGACAGAUACUUCAGUACAUUGUGGAUGUGACACGCUCUGCCAGAACAAAAACCUGAUGGAUGCACUGGCAAAAAUCACCAUCUCUAAGAGACGCUACUCAACACGAUCUGAUAUAUCCCCUUUUAUUCCUCUAUCCCACAAUAUGCAGUUGAUGAAUGAAGAGGAUUCUAUUCGGAAGCGUACAGCUACUUUCAUGAAGCGAUCCAACGUCUAUCCAGAACGUGAAGCAGACAAAUCCGCUAAGAUGAAAACAGGAGAGAAACAUCGUAGCAAAGGCAAACCCACCCAAGGCGAUAUUAACAAGAACGAGCACAGUAAAAGCAAUAACAGUGACCACCGCCAUACCAAGGAUAACGAGGGUAAGGCAAAGAGGUCGAAGACAGCAGAAAAGCAUAAAAUGUCAGCUAAGGAAGUGCAUCAAGAAGAAAGUGGAUAUGAGGACCAUACUCCUCAGGCUUUCAUCAAACUUAACACAAUUGGCGCUGUCAGUGGUUACUAUGGUCGAGUUGAAAUCGGCAACCCUGGACAAUAUUUUGAUGUUGUCUUUGAUACAGGCUCUAGCGACCUCUGGAUCCCCUCAAUCAAAUGUAUUGAGGAUGGCUGCAUCAACCAUCAACGUUACAAUAGUCAAAGGUCCUCCAGCCACAAAAGUAUCAGCCCGCCGAGCUCUUUUGAGAUCGAAUAUGGGACAGGUGAGGUCUCUGGUCUGAUUUCAGAGGACAUUGUCACCAUUGGCGGCAUCACAAGCAAGAAACCUGUCCGGUUUGCGGAAAGUACCAGCACGAGCUCAAUAUUUGAGCACGCAGUUUUUGAUGGUGUCUUUGGACUCGGGUAUCAAGAAAUGAGUAGCUCACAUGAACGUCCUCCAUUCUUAGCCAUGCUGGAACAGCAUGCUAUUAAACGCGGCAUGUUUGGUUUCUAUAUGGGUAAAGGCUAUGGUGAACUUGCUCUUGGAGGAUACGACCAGUCAAAGGUUGAGGGAAACCAAAUUACGUGGUCCAAAGUGGUAAAGAAGGGCUAUUGGGAAAUUAUGAUGGAGAAAGUCGAAUUGAAUCAAGACGAUAUCUUAAAAAAGCCUGUUCAUGCUAUUGUUGAUACCGGCACGACUCAAAUCAUCAUGCCUGUCAAUCUAGCCCGUCAUCUGCAUUCAAAAGUCCUCCCUGGUGCUGCUCAUAUCCACGAUAACAUUUAUUCACUUCCAUGUGAUCAUAAGGACCUUCCUACACUUCGAAUUCAAAUCUCUGGAGCAAUGUUUGAUGUUCCCCCAAGCCUGUAUGUUCUUCAGCAGAUUGCUCCAGGUCGUUGUAUGAGUGGAUUUGCAGGUGAAGAAGUAGAUGGCACAGCAUGGAUCCUCGGCGACGUCUUCUUGCGUAGUAUAUAUUCGAUCUACGAUUUUGACAACAAUCGCGUUGGCUUUGGCAGACUGAACUCG